GAGGCACGUUAGCGAUCGUGUCGUAGUCGCCGCCGYCGUCGUCUCCGUCACUGUCGCGCGCCGUUGGCAUUCAUCGUCAGACCGCCGUCGCUUCACGUUCUUGUAUAAUAAUAAUUAAUAAUUAUUGUAGUAAUAGAGCGAUAUUAUUUUUAUAUUUUUAUAAAAUAAAUCAAUAUCAAUAUAUCAUCAAGAAGCUCACGUCUUAUGCCACCGUGUAUCACUGUUACGCGACGUGAAAAAUCAUAAUCAUAUUAGGUCCUAUACAUAUUAAUUAUUUCAUAUUAUUGGUGCCUACUAAUUGUCGAGUAAGUAACCUACGGCAGACGUUCGUUUUUCUUUUGUUUCUCUCUUUAUUAUUGUUUUUUGUCCGAUCAAGGCGAUCCUGCGCAAGGCGCGGACCUACAUCAUAAUAAUUUCUCACUGCGUUAGAUUUCACUCGGGUGGCCUUGAACGGACGACAUUGACAGUGUUCUCAUAGUAUAUAAAUAACCUAUUGUAGGUAUACUAUAAUAAUUGUACACGUAUAAUAGUAUAACGCGUUAGCUCUCGUGCGUUGUACCUGAACAGGUAUUGCGCCCAAUAAUAAUAUAAUUUUCUCGCGCACAAAACCGUUGUUUCGGCGAACGGCAGCGCGCGAUUGCGGCUACGCGAUAUUUCAUGUGCCUGCCGUAACAGUAAUCAGUCAAUCGUGACACGGACGCUCGGACGGACGGACGGACGAAGACGCCUCCGAAAAUGCCGCAGCUCUUAUUGUCCAACAGCGAACGGAUCGCCCCGACGGCCGUUGCCGUCGACGGCCACAAACCCGUCGGCACGGACGUCGACUUCCCCGACGUACUGGCCGACUUGGACGUGGACGUGGAAGAGUUGCCGGACGACGUGGUCGAGUACGGUCGAGCCCGGGUGGGUGAGACCGAGGAGUCCAGGACCAGACUGUUGGCCGAACUCGAAGACAUGAUAUACGAGAAAGGGGAUGUUACACCCCACAGAAUGGAUGAAAAGUUUCUACUGCGGUUUUUAAGAGCUCGACAUUUCAAACUUAAUGCCACGUACAAACUAUUCGUGAAUUACUACAGAUUUAGAGAAAGUCAUCCUGACUACUAUACAAUAAACCCAUUGGAUUUGUCUUUCAUAGCCGAUUCUGAUGUACUAAGCGUUCUUCCAUAUAGAGAACAGACAGGCAGACGAAUUUUAAUUUAUAAAUUAGGUAAUUGGAACACCAACGAGUUUGACAUGAACGAAAUACUUAAAGCGUCGCUGGCCACGUUAGAGCUAGGAAUUUUAGAGCCGAUGGCUCAAAUACUCGGCGGGGUGGUCAUAUUCGAUAUGAACGGAUUCACGCUUCAACACGCUUACCAAAUCACGCCAAAAGUUGUUUCUACCAUUUUCGACCUCAUCGUCUACAGCAUACCGAUGAAAACGUACGCGAUUCACAUAAUCAACGAGUCGUGGGUAUUUGAGACGGUGUUCAAUCUAUUUAAGCCGCUUUUGGGCAAUCGUUAUAACGAAAUGUUAUUUUUCCACGGUAAAAAUAUGGAUUCUUUACACAAACACAUCGAUCCGAAAUAUUUACCAAAAGUAUACGGUGGAGUGCGUCCGCAUUAUUCUUAUCAACAUUGGUUUGUUAAUUUGAAGAACAAUGCCACAGUUAUAAGAGGUAAGUACCUACCAUACGUUAAUAACAGUUGAUGAUUGACCUUAACA